AUGGGCCAACAAUCCAGUGCUGGCGGGGUGAAGAGAAGCACCCCGUGUGAAUCCAACGAGGUGAAUGAGACGAUGCCAGAGACGUCAAGGGGGGACUCACAGCCAGAACCCGCUCCUAAGAAAUCAAAAGCAUCGGACUCCUCGACCGUAUUAGUGCUUUGCUACAGGAGAGAGGUUAGAAGACGUUACUCCGUCUCCGAUGAAUUGGUGAAUGACCACUCCCGAGAGAACCGAAUCAACCGCCUCCAAAUAGACGAGGAAGAAUUCACCCAGAUUUCUGUGGAAACAGCUGCAAACCAGAAGGAAGAUGCUGCCGUUAACCCUGGGCAAUGA